AACUCAGCUUCAUCGAAGAUUCACUCACUCCCACUGAGAAAGAAAAAAAAAAUAUAUAUAUAUAUAUAUACACAACAACACACGAUGCUGGUGCAAUAUACAUACCAAAGUAUUAAUCUUAGAUAUUGUGGGUCUCCCAUCCCUCUUCUCUGUACUCUUCAUUUUGUUAUUUCAUAUUUAAAAAAAUGGACACUCUCUUUACAUUGGUCAGUCUCCAACAACAACAAUCCGAUAGUAUCAUUACAAAUAAAUCUUCCACCACUACCGGCUCUCCACAAACGGCUUAUCACUACAAGUUCCCACAAAGCGACGUCGUCGAAGAAUGCUUCAACUCUUUCAUGGAUGAAGAAGACCUCUCCUCUUCUUCCUCUCAUCACAACCAUCACCUCAACAACAAUCCUAGUAGCUACUACUCUCCCUUCACUACUCCCACCCAAUACCAUCACGCCACAUCACCAACUCCUUCCUACACGGCCGCCGUAGCAGCUUCCGCCUCCUUAGCCUCACCGUACUCCUCCGGCAACCAUCUUGAUCCUUCUGAUUUCUCCAUCCCUCAAACAACUCCUUCCUUCGACUUCUCAGCCAAUGCCAAGUGGGCAGACUCGAUCCUCCUCGAAGCCGCACGUGCCUUUUCCGACAAAGACACCGCACGUGCGCAACAAAUCCUCUGGACACUCAACGAGCUCUCUUCGCCAUACGGAGACACCGAGCAGAAACUCGCUUCUUACUUCCUCAAAGCUCUCUUCAACCGCAUGACCAGUUCAGGCGAACUAUGCUACCGCACCAUGGUAACCGCCGCGGCCACCGAGAAGACAUGCUCCUUCGAAUCAAUGCGCAAGACCGUGCUCAAGUUCCAAGAAGUUAGCCCGUGGGCCACGUUUGGACACGUGGCGGCAAACGGAGCGAUCUUGGAAGCAGUAGACGGAGAGGCAAAGAUCCACAUCGUUGACAUAAGCUCAACGUUUUGCACUCAAUGGCCGACACUUCUAGAAGCCUUAGCCACAAGAUCAGACGACACCCCACACCUAAGACUAACCACAAUAGUGGUCGGUAACAAAUACGUCAACGAUCAAACGGCGUCGCAUCGGAUGAUGAAAGAGAUAGGAAACCGAAUGGAGAAAUUCGCUAGGCUCAUGGGAGUUCCUUUUACAUUCAAAACUAUUCAUCACAUUGGAGAUUUAUCAAAGUUUGAUCUCAACGGGCUCGAGAUUAAACCGGACGAGGUCUUGGCCGUCAACUGUGUAGGUGCCAUGCGUGGGAUUGCGCCUGGAGGAAACCCUAGAGACGCUGUAAUAUCUAACUUCCGACGGUUAAGGCCGAGGAUUGUGACCGUAGUUGAAGAAGAAGCUGAUCUUGUCGGAGAACAAGAAGUCUUUGAUGAUGAGUUCUUGAGAUUGUUUGGAGAAAGUUUGCGUUGGUUUAGGGUUUGCUUUGAGUCGUUGGAAGAGAGUUUUCCGAGGACGAGCACUGGGAGGUUGGUGCUAGAGCGUGCGACGGGACGUGCGAUAGUGGACUUGGUGGCUUGUGAGCCGUCGGGUUCCAUGGAGAGGAGAGAGACGGCGAAGAAGUGGUCGAUGAGGAUGAGGAAUGGAGGGUUUGAUGCAGUGGGGUAUAGUGAUGAGGUGGCUGAUGACGUCAGAGCUUUGUUGAGGAGGUAUAAGGAAGGAGUUUGGUCGAUGGUACAGUGUUCUGAUGCUGCCGGAAUAUUUCUUUGUUGGAGAGAUCAGCCGGUGGUUUGGGCUAGUGCGUGGAGGCCAACGUAAAUGAUUGAUUCUUUUUAUAUAUAUUGGCACGUGUGGUGAUGAUUGAUGAUGGGUUUUGAGAUUAAGAGUUACUGUACGGUGAUAAUGCGUUCAUAAUUUUAAUUUUGCUUUUUUGGAAUAGGACUGAUUAAAUUGUGAACAUUGGAGAGGAGGGUGUCGAGAGUUUAUAAAUUCGUGAUUAUUAA